CUGGAGUAAACAUGGCUCUCGCACACUGAGGGUCUGGGGAUGCUCCGCGGAUGCAGCGACUCCAGAUGGGCCGACAUGGCGCCAGUGGCACGAGCGUGACAACUGACAAGUGCGGGCCUAAAAUGUAAACAAUACGUCAUGUAAAUCGUAUAUAUCGGCGAGCGCAUCGACGGAUCGCGGAGAUGUACACGUUGCUGCACGGUCUGUACAAGUACCUGGUGCAGAAGGACGAGUACUUUAUAUUGAUCUUGGGGCUCGACAAUGCGGGGAAAACGACCUACCUGGAAGCGGCCAAGACCAAGUUCACCAAGAAUUACAAGGGUAUGAAUCCGAGCAAGAUCACGACUACCGUAGGCCUCAACAUCGGCAAGAUCGACAUCGCCGGGGUAUCCUUCAACUUCUGGGAUCUCGGCGGUCAGGAGGAGCUCCAGUCUUUGUGGGACAAAUACUAUGCGGAAUCUCACGCUGUGAUUUACAUCGUCGACUCGUCCGACCGUGAUAGAAUACCAGAUUCCAAAGAAACUUUUGAUAAGGUAAUAUCGUCCGAGCAUCUAACUGGCGUACCAUUAUUGGUACUGGCAAAUAAACAGGACGUACACGACUGUAUGGGUGUAAGAGAAGUGAAACCGAUAUUCAAUCAGAGUGCACACUUGAUCGGCAGAAGGGAUUGCAUGGUGAUGCCUGUGUCGGCCCUUAACGGGGAUGGAGUAGACGAGGGCAUACACUGGCUGGUGGAUUGCGUCAAGAGAAACAGUGAUAUACGGCCGCCUCGCAAUCAGGACGACAAUUCCUUAUCUUAGCUGUGACACAUUCCUAUUCUUUGGUAAUUUAUAAUAUAUAAAUAUAUACAUAUAAUAAAAUAUUCCGAGAUGCUUACGGCACUGUACAUAUUCGUGUCGCGUGUGUACAGUGUUUCUAUGAAUAAAGAAUUUCUUUUUUAC